UCCGGCCAAGUUCGCUGCUCCACCAGUCCCCAGACCAGAUCCGGCGCCGCUGCCAUGGAUCCACCGCCGCUGCCGCUGCCGCUGCCGCGCGUCCUCCGCCUCGCCCUCCUCCUCCUGCUGCUCGCUUCCCCCGCCGCGCUCGCCUGGAAGAAGGACGAGUUCCGCAACUGCAACCAGACCCCCUUCUGCAAGCGCGCCCGCACCCGCGCCCCGCACUCCCUCGACGCGCCGCUCUCCCUCGUCGCCGGCUCCCUCGCCGUCUCCCCCGACGGCGCCCUCACCGCCGAGCUCUCCCACCCCUCCCGCCCGCGCCCGCUCCUCCUCCGCCUCUCCGCGCUGCCGCCCCACGCGCUCCGCCUCCAGAUCGACGAGGACUACUCCACCAGCACCCCGCCGCACCGCCGCUUCCACGUCCCCGACGUCCUCCUCCCGGACGUCGACUCCCGGACCCUCCACCUCUCCAAACCCCAAACCGUCGCGGGGGGCGCCUCCACCGUCGCGCUCUCCUCCGACCUCGACGCCGUCCUCAACCACGACCCCUUCGAGCUCACCGUCCGCCGCGCCGGCUCGGGCGACCCCGUGCUCUCCUUCAACUCCCACGGCCUCUUUGACUUCGAGCCGCUGCACGAGUCCAGGCCCGAGGGCGAGACCUGGGAGGAGCAGUUCCGGAGCCACACCGACACGCGCCCCCGCGGCCCGCAGUCCAUCUCCUUCGACGUCUCCUUCCACGGCGCCGACUUCGUGUACGGCCUCCCCGAGCACGGCUCCACGUCGCUCGCCCUCCGCCCCACCCGCGGCCCGGGGGUCGAGGAGUCCGAGCCUUACCGCCUCUUCAACCUCGACGUGUUCGAGUACCUCCACGAAUCACCCUUUGGGCUGUAUGGCUCCAUCCCCUUCAUGAUCGGACAUGGCCCGGGGGCGUCUUCAGGGUUCUUCUGGCUCAACGCUGCGGAGAUGCAGAUCGAUGUGCUUGCACCAGGGUGGGAUGGCGCCGCAUCCACGGAGAAUGGCCGAAUCGACACGCUGUGGAUGGCCGAGGCCGGCGUUGUUGAUGCCUUCUUCUUUGUCGGGUCGGAGCCCAAGGAUGUGAUCAAGCAGUACAUCAGUGUUACAGGUACGCCCUCCAUGCCACAGCAGUUUGCGGUGGCAUAUCACCAGUGCCGAUGGAACUACCGGGACGAGGAGGAUGUUGCGGGAGUGGAUGCUGGGUUUGAUGAGCAUGAUAUUCCCUAUGACGUGCUCUGGCUCGACAUCGAGCACACGGACGGCAAGCGAUACUUCACGUGGGACCGCUCCACAUUCCCCAACCCAGAGGAGAUGCAGCGCAAGAUAGCAGAUAAGGGGAGGAAGAUGGUAACUAUUGUAGACCCACACAUGAAGAGGGAUAGUGGGUACUACCUCCAUGAGGAAGCCACUGCUAAGGGCUACUAUGUGAAAGAUGCAAGCGGGAAUGACUACGAUGGCUGGUGCUGGCCUGGCUCAUCAUCUUAUCCUGACAUGUUGAACCCUGAGAUACGGGACUGGUGGGCUGAUAAGUUCUCCUAUCAAAACUACAAGGGAUCAACUCCAACACUGUACAUUUGGAAUGACAUGAACGAGCCAUCUGUCUUCAACGGCCCUGAGGUCACCAUGCCUAGGGAUGCAAUACAUAAUGGUGAUGUGGAACACCGAGAACUGCACAACGCAUAUGGGUAUUACUUCCAUAUGGCUACUUCAGAUGGGCUUGUCAAGCGAGGUGAAGGUAAAGACAGACCAUUUGUUUUGUCAAGAGCCUUUUUUGCUGGAAGUCAACGCUACGGGGCAGUUUGGACGGGCGAUAACAGUGCAGAUUGGGAUCACCUUAAAUCUUCUAUUCCGAUGGUUUUGACCCUUGGUCUUACUGGCAUUACCUUCUCUGGUGCGGAUGUUGGCGGAUUCUUUGGUAAUCCAGAACCUGACCUGUUGGUGCGUUGGUACCAAGUAGGAGCUUUUUAUCCUUUCUUUAGAGGUCAUGCUCAUCAUGACACCAAGAGGCGCGAGCCAUGGUUAUUUGGAGAGCGAAAAACUGCCCUCAUGAGGGAGGCAAUACAUAUGCGCUAUUCAUUGCUGCCAUACUAUUACACUCUGUUCCAAGAGGCUAGUGUAACUGGUGUUCCUGUUAUGCGUCCUCUGUGGCUGGAAUUCCCUGAUGACAAGGAAACAUAUAAUAAUGGUGAGGCUUUUAUGGUUGGGCCUAGCAUUUUAGCCCAAGGAAUUUAUGAGGAGGGCCAGAAAUCAGUGUCGGUUUACCUUCCUGGUAAGGAGCUGUGGUAUGACUUGAGAAAUGGAUCUCCAUUCAAGGGAAGUGUCUCACACAAGCUGCAAGUUUCAGAAGAUAGCAUACCAAGCUUCCAAAGGGCAGGUACAAUUGUGCCAAGAAAGGAUAGAUUCAGGCGCAGUUCUACGCAGAUGGUCAACGAUCCAUACACCCUGGUGAUAGCCCUCAAUAGCUCGGGUUCUGCAGAAGGUGAACUUUAUGUGGAUGAUGGGAAAAGUUAUGAUUACCAGCAAGGGGCAUUCAUCCAUCGGCGUUUUGUAUUUGCCGACAAUAAGCUAACUUCGAUCAAUAUUGCCCCUGAUAUUCUGGGCAAGAAGGUAUUUUCGACUGAGUGUGUGAUUGAAAGAAUUAUAGUCCUCGGGUUAUCAUCGGGAGCAAAGAAGGCUAUUAUUGAACCUGGGAACCAAGAAGUGGAAAUUGAUCUCGGACCGAUUAGUUUAAGGAGUGGUUCGAGGUCUGUUGCUCCAACAGUCAGGAGGCCUAAUGUUCGUGUUAUAGAUGACUGGACCAUAAGAAUAGCAUGAUAUGCAAGCCCAUUCACUUCUGGAUCCUGAUAAAAUUGGCAAGUUAGAAGGGUAGUAGCCUCGCAAGUGUUUAUCUGUGGACACCCAAAUUUCAUUGUUGUGGUGGCAUCAAAAUUUCUGCAUGUACCUGGUACGCAUGCUGUUUCUACUGCCAAUUUUGACAUAAGCGGAGACACAAAUUGCUGAUGUAUACUUGUAGCUUUUAUACUGAUUUGUGUGCCACGGUCCGGUGUAUGUGAUGUGGAACAUUACAUUUUAAUAGCUUUUUUAAAUUUA